UCACUGCAGUCUUCAUCUCUCUAUCCCCGCUACCGCAUUGCUGUAUAGGUGGGGGUGCCCGCAUUGCGCAGGCAAAGCCAAUACCCCCCCCCUCCAAGGAACAUAAAACUGCCUGGGUCACACCGAGUAGUCUGUGCUGUCUGAGGUCGCAGCCACAGGACUUUGAUUGCCCUGCACCUCGGUCUGUCCCCAGCACCAGACCAUGGGGAAGGAGAAGAUUCACAUCAACAUCGUGGUCAUAGGCCAUGUGGACUCUGGCAAGUCCACCACCACGGGACACCUGAUCUACAAGUGCGGGGGGAUUGAUAAGAGGACCAUUGAGAAGUUUGAGAAGGAAGCUGCAGAGAUGGGCAAAGGUUCGUUCAAGUACGCCUGGGUCCUCGACAAGCUGAAGGCCGAGCGAGAGCGGGGCAUCACCAUUGACAUCUCCCUCUGGAAGUUUGAGACCACCAAGUACUACAUAACCAUCAUCGAUGCACCCGGGCACCGGGACUUCAUCAAAAACAUGAUCACUGGUACCUCCCAGGCAGAUUGUGCAGUGCUCAUUGUGGCUGCCGGGGUGGGUGAGUUUGAGGCGGGAAUCUCCAAAAAUGGGCAGACCAGAGAGCAUGCGCUGCUGGCCUACACACUGGGCGUCAAGCAGCUCAUUGUUGCAGUCAACAAGAUGGAUUCCACCGAACCACCCUACAGUGAAAAGCGUUAUGAUGAGAUCGUGAAGGAGGUCAGCGCCUACAUCAAGAAGAUUGGCUACAACCCAUCCGGUGUACCCUUUGUGCCCAUCUCUGGGUGGCAUGGGGACAACAUGCUGGAGCCCUCGCCCAAUAUGCCCUGGUUCAAGGGCUGGAAGCUGGACAGAAAAGAGCAGCAUGCCAGUGGGGUUAGCCUGCUGGAGGCGCUGGAUACCAUCAUGCCCCCAACGCGUCCCACCGACAAACCCCUGCGCCUGCCCCUCCAGGACGUCUACAAAAUUGGAGGUAUUGGGACUGUCCCCGUCGGACGAGUGGAGACAGGGAUUUUGCGGCCCAGUAUGGUGGUGACCUUUGCCCCCGUGAACAUCACCACAGAAGUGAAGUCGGUGGAGAUGCACCAUGAGGCACUCAGUGAGGCUCUUCCGGGUGACAACGUGGGAUUCAAUGUGAAGAACGUGUCAGUGAAAGACAUCCGCCGGGGGAAUGUAUGUGGGGACAGCAAGUCGGACCCCCCUCAGGAGGCCUCCGGAUUCACAGCUCAGGUGAUCAUCCUGAAUCAUCCAGGUCAGAUCAGCGCAGGCUACUCUCCUGUCAUUGACUGCCACACAGCUCACAUCGCCUGCAAGUUUGCAGAACUCAAGGAGAAGAUCGACCGCCGCUCCGGCAAGAAGCUGGAGGACAAUCCCAAGACCCUGAAGUCCGGAGAUGCUGCCAUCGUUGAUAUGGUUCCAGGAAAGCCCAUGUGCGUAGAGAGCUUCUCCAAAUAUCCACCCCUAGGUCGCUUCGCCGUUAGGGACAUGAGGCAGACGGUUGCUGUGGGUGUCAUUAAGAACGUGGAGAAGAAGUCUGGCGGCACUGGCAAGGUGACCAAGUCGGCCCAGAAGGCCCAGAAGGCCAACAAGUGAACCGAUUCCAGCAGAGCCAGAGCACCUUGCCGCGUCGCGCCGCGCCACCCGACCCCGAAACCCGCCGAACUGCAGCUGAACACCACCUCCCUGGGCAUGCCCGCACAUGCGCUUGUAACACACUCUCCAACGGCUGGACGCUCCCCAUCGAGGCUCAGUGGACGCUCUUCCAGUGAAAAGCAUGCUCCAGGAUUUGUAAGUUUACUUGUGAACUUUGCCAUUAAAACUAGUACAACUGCUGAA